CGGGAGCCGAGCGCUCCGUGUGCACGUGUGGAAAGCAGCGGCCCCAGCGCGGCGGCGGGAGAAACCCCCGCCCCCUCCGGAGACACAGGCCCGCGCUCGACUCUCGGUCCCCGGCUCGAGCUCCCUGCGCCGGGCGAGGAGGCCGGCUGGUCGGGCUUGAGUGGCCGAGCUCUGGGCGGCGACGGCGGCGGCGGCGCUGAGAUCGGUGGUAAAGACGGCCUCAGCAGGCGGGGAAGAUGAAAGGUAGCCGGAUCGAGCUGGGAGAUGUGACUCCACACAAUAUUAAACAGUUGAAGAGAUUAAAUCAGGUCAUCUUUCCAGUCAGCUACAAUGACAAGUUCUACAAGGAUGUGCUGGAGGUUGGCGAGCUAGCAAAACUUGCGUAUUUCAAUGAUAUUGCGGUUGGUGCUGUGUGCUGCAGGGUGGAUCAUUCACAGAAUCAGAAGAGACUUUACAUCAUGACACUAGGAUGUCUGGCACCUUACCGAAGGCUAGGAAUAGGAACUAAAAUGCUAAAUCAUGUCUUAAACAUCUGUGAAAAAGAUGGCACUUUUGAUAACAUCUAUCUGCAUGUCCAGAUCAGCAAUGAGUCAGCAAUCGACUUCUACAGAAAGUUUGGCUUUGAGAUUAUUGAGACAAAGAAGAACUACUAUAAGAGGAUAGAGCCCGCAGAUGCACAUGUGCUCCAGAAAAGCCUCAAAAUCCCUUCUGGCCAGAGCGCAGACGUGCAAAAGAUAGACAACUGAACGCGGGACAAACGGACUUUCUUGCACUUGCUUGUCGCCAAAUAAAAGAGAGGCCCGUUGAUUCCCCCCUUUCUUUGCAGGCUUCCCCUCCUCCUCAUUCUUGUGACUCUUCUCCUCCUUUCCUCUCCUCUACAAGAUUUCAGACUUUCAAGGACUUCAAAAAUCAUGUUUGGAGAGUUUUUGUUCUCUGACUUUUGUGAGAUGGUUUGACUGAAAGAAGGACACAGUAGAGUAGAGCUGUUACGUUUCCCAGUUCAGUUGUUAGGGUCCCAAGACUUGGUGUGUUCACUAAUUUCGGAACUUUUAGCAGAUUUUUAAAUGCCCUGCUUUCACAUUGAAGGGCAGAGCCUACAAAGUACGCGUUUCAUGGAGGAAGAGCAGCAGCAGCAGCAGCAGCGUGUUCUAAUUCAGACAGUUGAGUGUGUGGUACUUUGGGUUUUCAAAGACUGGGGCGCCAUCCUGAGACAUUGCCUUCGCUCCACCUCAGUCCUUCUGAGCUCUGUCUCCGGAAUUGGACCCUUGUGGGCCUUGUAAGAAAUACUCAGCUGAUUUGUUGUGGGUUUGGUUUUGUUUUUUCUUUUUUGAAGCAGUCCUUUCCUCUCUUCCUGCUGGUGGGUGGUUAAGGGUGGGUGGGGCAGUUUGGGUGGGUCGUGUUCUAUAUUUUGGUCUCAGUAUUUGAGGUGAAUGGCUUUCUGCUAAUGAGUGGGCUGCGUGGUAGCAGGUUCAUUUCCCCUGCUGCGGAUCGUUACUAGUGGCAUUAACUGUGAGUGUGUGGGCUGUGGAGAUUAAUUUUUUUAAUAUCCCAGCUAGACAUAAGGCCUUUACCUGCUUUCAGAGGUUUGUUGUGAUUUCCAUUUUGGCUCUGGUCCUUUGACUUCAGUAAGCCCAACAAUAGUUGUCCAACCUUAGAGAUAGAGUGGAUGCUCCCAGGUCGCUGCCCUCCAACCAACCUGAAGCAGGUGUCCUCACGAGCACAGUUAAAGUACCCGAAAGGAACCGCUUGUGGCCUUUGUGGUACAGGAAGCGCACUGAAUGUGGCUGCACAGGUGGCUCAGCCUGUAGCCAUUAAGGUCUGACAGUACAAAGGCAGGAAUAUCUAGACAGUGUUUGGGGAAAUAGCAUAGCUGUGCUGUAACGGGUCUGUCGGAGGACAUCCAGAUUUGUUUCCACGCUGUGCCUGCAACAUCGCGCACAAGGAUUUGGAAAGGGGGCAGUGGUUUGAAUAUAUAAUGCUUCUCUUCUUGGGAAGACACACGUCUAGAAGUGUUAAUGCACAUGUCACUGUGACCUGCUCUAUUGACCAGAAUGAUUGAUACCAGAUUCUUUUCUGGUGUAUAGGAAAUGGAUUUGACGGGUUGAUAACUUGUAAUUGGGAGACAGCUGAAAGUUUCAUCGUCCAAUCUCUAAUAUUUAUAAUUUUUUAUAUUGCCAAUAGUGAUAGCCCAGCAAGAUGUUCUCAUUGGACUGAAACACUGCACAGGGCUAGAAUUUUCUGUCUUUUGACUUUAAAAUAAGUCUCAUCUCUGCAAACAUGUUAAAUGACAAAAAGAUUUGGUAUAAUGUUUUUGCACUUGUAAUCUUAAAUUCUUACUGGAGAAAAUGUGAACGAACAAUAGACUUCAACAGUCUUACUGAGUGCCAAGACUAAUAGAGAGAAUUGACAAGUGUGUAUGGAGGGGGUCUAAUCUUAAGAUAGUAAAACUAUGGGAAGAGCACACCGGUUUCUUGAGUAUUGGUUCUUAAGCAGUCCAAAUGUCAACAGAGAGAUUUAGUAUAAAGUACCUUUAAUGGUAAAUUCUGAUGGCUCUUACCAAGAGAAGAGUGCGUUGAGUUUCAGAAAGCAUCGUUUGUUUGAAGAAAAAUUUAACAUUUUUCUAAAAAUCCCAGUAGCAAAACAGAGAUUUUGACAUGUAAAUUAAUUUCUGUGAUGACACUGCCUGUUUCUAUAACCAUUUCAAUUGGAGUAUCUAAUCAGUCCAGUGAAUUUAUCCCUACAUGUGGUUAUUGAAAACAAUAACUGUCACACGGCAGUGAAGUACAUGUUAUUUCAACAGGGGAGGGACAUAACUAAAUGUUGAAUCGAGGAUGUGGAAUUUCUUUCCCCGCUCAAGUUAGUAGCUUAAACUACAUUGCAAAGGUUUGUAGAGAGUGAAUCCUCCUACAUCUAGCUUGUAUUAAAUUGUACUAUCCAUUCAUGGAGGUGGAAGUGGAGGAGAACCUAGGUAGCAGCAGCUCAGCCCUAGCUCGUAUGGCCGUGAGUCAGUCAGUAAAUACUGAAAUAAUGUCCCAUGUUGUUUAUUUGGAUGUAUGAAAAAAAACUUGUUUGCGGUAAGAGAAUUCUGUUAACUUUAAACUCACAGUCCUGCCCAUCAUAUUUUUCAGGAUAGACCUCUUUUACUGUGGGUAAAUAGGGAACAAUCAUUCUGGGAGUGGGAGGGGGGAUACUGAUGGUUUUGCGUUUAGGGUCUAAAAGAAUCUGCAGAGAAAUCUAUGCAAAAAAUAAUUUGCUCCCAUUCAUUUUCAUUAGGGGAAAGAAGUUCUGAAAUUUCCUCAGAGCAAUUCACUCCUCCACUGAAAGUCCUCUGAAAAACAGAACUUCUGGGAAACCAUGGUGUGUGUUGGUGAAAAAGAAAAGCUCCCUCAGUUUUUUGGAGGGAAUAACUUUUAAAAUACUUAAAUGGCUAAGUUUACUUGGUGCAGUCAAGAAUUAAACUUGUCAAUUUUAACAUUGCUGUUAUAUCUGAAAUAAACUUACGUGAUGUUCUGGUAA